AUGCCGGUGGAUCUGCUGCGCGAGAGCGCAAGCAAAUACUUUCCGAGCGAGUACUAUGGCACGAUCCUCGGCGCUAUCAUUGUCCUAGCAUUCCUGAAAUCGUGGGCAAAGGGCCCUGCACUGCUUGUGCGCGAAGAGCGCCUCGAAGCGACGCAGCGCGCGGCGCGCGAAAAAGGGCAGCCGGUACGCGUCACCGCUGGCCUGAACGAUAUGGGCGCGCGUGUCGUGCUUAUUGCGACGGGUGCCAUGUCGCCGCUGGGCCUCGUUACCAUUGCGUCGCUGGCGCACCAAGGCGCGCACAUUAUCGCGCUCGUUCCCAACAUUGAGGCGCCGAGCGUGCUGCAGCUCCUGCUGCUGCUGCGCGAGAGCACCAAGAGCGAGACGAUCUAUGCGGAGCAGUGCGACAUGAGCAACCUGCACUCGAUCACCGAGUUUGCAAACCGCUGGAACGCUGGCUCCGCGCAGGCGACGUCCGCGCCGGGCGCUGCGACCGGAGCGCCGACCGCGGCCGCGCCGGGCGGUGCCAAGGCCGCGCGCGAGGAGCUCUUUCCGCAGAGCACGCCAGUCGUCCACCGCCUCGACACGGUACUCUUUCUGCCGAGCGAGGAGUCGACGUACAAGAUCGGCACGUACCGUUGCGGCACUCGGCAUACGUACCCCUCGACGCACGCCGACGACGGCGCGUACGCCGAGCAGACGUACGUGCGCCAGGUCCUCGCACCCUUCCAUCUUGUGAAUACGCUCCUGCCGAGCCUGCUUCUUAUGCCGCCGAACCGUGACGUGCGCAUUGUAAGCGUCGUCUCGCCGUGGUACGCGGCGGGCCUCGCGCAGUUUGACAAGGUCGACGAGCCGCUGCGCGGCCCCCAGCCCCGCGUCUACCAGCCAUGGACAUACCUCGGGGCAGCGACACUCCACUGGAUCGUCCUGGCGUCGGAGCUGCAGCGGCGCGUCAACUUGCUUGCCGAGGCGGACACGCGCUCACGCUCCAAGCUGCCAGGCAUCGACGUGGACGAAGUGACGACCGUGCCGACCGGCACGCUGCAGCGCAAGGGGCAGCGCAGCCACAUCUCGUCGGUGCUGGUGUGCCCCGGCUACGAGCGCUCCUCGCAGCUGACCGCGUUUUUUGGCACCGUGCCGCCGUUUGUGCACCACAAGGUGCUGUCGGUGCUCCUAUGGGUCCUGCUUCUGGCGCUCUAUCCCCUCUUUUGGCUCUUUGGCAAGAGCGCGACACAGGGCGCAGACGCGGCACUAUGGGGCGUCACGGCCCGCCUCGCGUCCGGCGUCUCGGCGUCCUCGCGCCAGACGCGCGAGGAUAUCCUUGCGCCGGGCGAGAGCGACGACGAGGCGCGGCAGUGGCCGGGUAUCGAGGCCGCGCGCCUCUACCGCGAAGGCCGCAUCGUCGUGCCCCCCAUGCCUGCGCAGCUCGAAGGCAAAACCGAUGCAUCCGAGCUCUGGAACAAGACCGAGGCGCGCGUCGAGGCGCUGUUGGGCGGUAUUGCGCAUGCAGGCGCAAAACAUAGCUAG